GCCCACUGAGCCGUGAGCUUUUGUUGAACUGGGUCAUAGGCCUACUGGUUAUGUAAAUUGUGCACAGCAGAGCUAGCUUGCUGUUACCGACAGUGACCUCACACACUUCACGUAGUGUACCCUCGAAACAAGAUGGCUUCCAUGUUAUUUAUAGUUUCAAUCUCAUUGCUAAUUUCAAAUGGGCUUGCCUUUUACUUGCCUGGUGUUGCACCCAUUGAGUUCCCUAGAGAUGCUGAAGUUGAAGUUAAGGCUGUCAAACUGACAAGUGUUAAAACACAACUGCCCUAUGAAUAUUAUGCCUUACCUUUCUGUCAGCCUCAGUCAGGUGUUGUCUACAAAGCUGAAAACUUAGGUGAAGUCUUGAGAGGAGACCGUAUUGUCAACACUCCCUAUUUGGUGAAAAUGGCAUCUAAUGUAAAAUGCCAAGUAUUAUGCCAAGAUAAAGGCUUAAAAUAUGUUCCAGUCACUCUCACUAAAGAACAGAGCAAGGAUAUGGCGGACAAAAUUAUGCAUGAUUAUUAUGUCCAUUUAAUUGUUGACAACUUGCCAUGUGCAACACCAUUGGUUAUGCCAGAUGGAACGACUAUUUACGAACAUGGCUAUAGGUUGGGAGUUGUGUCAGGGAAAGAGGCAUUUCUUCACAAUCACCUCAAUUUGAUCCUCAGUUAUCACAAGCGAGAAGAAAAUGCACUCCGUGUGGUGGGUUUUAAAGUAAGACCACAAAGCUUUGCUGCUUCUGAAAUUAAAAUUGAUGAAAAAACUGGAUCUUGUGAUAUCAGUGGAGUAAAAAACCCAAUGAAGAUUAAUGAUGAUGCUACAACAGAAGUUCUGUUCACCUAUUCAGUGGAGUGGGAAGAAAGUGAUAUUGGUUGGGCCUCUAGAUGGGACAUCUAUCUGGCCAUGAGUGAUGUGCAGAUUCAUUGGUUUUCAAUUAUCAAUUCUGUGGUUGUUGUUUUCUUCCUCUCUGGUAUUCUUACAAUGAUAAUGGUCAGAACUUUGCGCAGAGACAUUGCCCAGUACAACAAAGAUGAUGAUUUGGAUGAAACAGUAGAAGAGACAGGAUGGAAGCUGGUACAUGGAGAUGUGUUCCGACCACCCCGCUUCUCUAAGCUCCUAACAUCCCUUAUUGGAGCUGGCAUCCAAAUCUUUUUCAUGGCACUUAUUACAAUUUUCUUUGCUAUGCUGGGAAUGUUAUCACCAUCCGCCAGAGGCUCUCUCAUGACUGUGGGAAUUUUCUUGUAUAUGUUCAUGGGUUUGUUUGCUGGCUAUUUCUCUGCCCGUCUUUACAAAACAAUGAAAGGACUGCAGUGGAAGAAAGCAGCUUUCCAGACAGCUACAGUAUACCCAGCUAUUAUGUUUGGGAUUGGCUUGUUGCUGAACUUUUUCAUCUGGGGAAAACAUUCUUCUGGAGCUGUACCGUUCACAACUAUGCUGGCUUUGUUGUGCAUGUGGUUUGGUAUCUCCCUGCCAUUGGUUUUUAUGGGAUUUUACUUUGGCUUCAGAAAACAGGCAUAUGAACAUCCCGUAAGAACCAACCAGAUCCCUAGACAAGUUCCAGAACAAACUUGGUACAUGAAUCCUUUCCUUGGAACACUGAUGGCUGGAAUUUUACCUUUUGGUGCUAUGUUCAUUGAACUAUUUUUCAUAUUCACUGCCAUUUGGGAGAACCAGUACUAUUACUUGUUUGGUUUCCUGUUCUUGGUUUUCAUCAUUUUGGUGGUGUCCGUCUCACAAAUAGCCGUGGUCAUGGUGUACUUUCAGUUGUGUGGUGAAGACUACCACUGGUGGUGGAGGACCUUUGUUGUGUCUGGUGGUUCGGCUGUUUAUGUGUUUGCCUACUCAGUCUUUUAUUUUAUUACAAAGCUGGAAAUCACAGAGUUCAUCCCAACCUUGCUGUAUUUUGGAUACACUAUUUUGAUAGUGUUCACCUUCUGGGUGUUUACCGGCACCAUUGGAUUCUUUGCUGCUUACUGGUUUAUAAGACGAAUCUAUGGUGCUAUCAAAAUUGAUUAGUGCUUAUUUCGUGGGUUUUAGUUUUAAAAAGUGGGAAUAAUUGAGGUAAAAUAAGUGAAUGCUUGUGUGCUGAUUAUGUGAAUAUUUCAAGAGCUGUCGAGAUUUUUUUUUUAUUGACAAGCAGAUUGUUUUUUGUUUACAUGGUAUCAGACGUAACAUCAUCCUUGUUUUUAUAUUUUCAUCAGCUUUGUGUGCCGUUAGUGUAUUUUUGUUGAAGGUAAGAUGAAGAUUUAUAUUUAAUGAAUUCAAUUACUUGUCACAAAAAUAUUGACAAUUAACUAAAGUAUUCAUGAAAGAGGUAUUCAAAAUAAAUGGUACACAAAUGAGGGUUGAAUUUCUUUUAGAAAGGUUUUAAUCAGCUAGCUAAAUAUAUAAUUAAAACUGCCUUUAGGAUACAAAUUUUUGUACCAUUAUUUAAUGCUCUUUUAUUUUAAUGCAAUCAUUGUAUCAUUAAUUUUUAUUUAUUUCAAAAUCAAUUAAGUUUAAACUCAUCUCUCAAAAGAAAACUUUUUGAUUGACACAUUUAUCAUGUUCACAUAACUGUUUUAACUAUGUGAUAUUGACCAAAACAAUGGAUGAUUGUUUAACAAUAAAAUUCUUGUAUCACAUGACAAAAGCAGUGCUUUCAUAAAACAACUAUGUGGCAGUUCAAUAUAUACCUUACAUUAAUUGAUUUAUAUUAUUUUGUAUAUUAAUUUUCUCUGUGUAUUGCCAUGGGUUGGUUACCUAAAAUGGUUUGUUUAAAGAUAAAUAAAUUACAAAAAGUAAAAUUUUAAAUUUUUAAGAAACUUCAUUGACUGGUAUUUCUAAGAAGUAUUACUCUGCAGUACAAUUAAACCUUAUUUUUGUCAGAAAUAGAGGCUAUUGUAUUGGUGACAGCAUUUUAAAGUAUAUAGUACCUAGUUAAAAUAAGUAUGACAGAAUUCUGAUUGGACUGGAUUGUUACAGCAAACUUGUGAUAAGAAUGCAAUUAUGUUCAUCAUGUCUUCUGUAUUGCAUGUUUUUCUUUUUUGCUAAAGGUACUGUUAGUUAACAGAAUCAUUUGAUUUUUAUGUUCAGGUUCUUAUCAUUAGAAAACCUGACAUCUAUAUUUAAAAUACUGAGUUGAAACAUAUUUUAAAAUAGAUUUCUUUGGAUCACAUUCCAAGUACAGAAGCCCCAGGCUCUAUAAAUGUUACAUGUACAUACACUUUGGUUCUAGCUGUUUGAAAUUGUUAGUGUUUUUCCUUCCUGCAUCAUAAAGCUAAGGAAAUGUGGCCUUUAGUAUUUCAAUAGAAAUCUCAGUGUAUGAGGGUCUACAUACACUCCACAUUUUGUAACAAUAAACUUGUUGGAAAUUAAAUCAUGGGGUUAGUUUCAAGUGUAUUUUGUCUGUCUAGUUACAUCUUGACAUUUGCCAUACAUAGAUGUAUAUAUUUAUAAAUACAUAAAAUUAAGUACGAUUAAAUCACUGAAUUAUUUGCAGAUGUUUACUUGAUUUAUCAGAACAAAAUAUGACUUACAUAUCUCCAUAAGAGAAGUAUUUCCAGGUUAAAUGGGAAAAUCUUAAUUUGGUUUAAACAAAGUAUGUACAAAGUAGCACUGCAAAGUAAUUUUGAAUGGUAUGGUACUUGUAUAUAUCAACAGCACUAAAAUUUCACCAAUCCUUAAGUUGGAGUAUGUGAGUUUAUGACUUUUGCUGUUUGUUACCAUGUUAAGUCUGGAACUCAUUCAUUAUGGUAUUUUUUGUUUUAUCUGUGGGCAGUUUAACACAUUUGUAAGACUUAAAUUUUUUUAACCUGUUCCCCCUUUGUUUGUAUAUAAUGCGUAUCUGAUCUAUUAAGUUUUGUAUUUAUAUAUAAAUAUACUUUUUCACCUUAUUAUAGCUUAAUUUUAUUUUAGUUUAGGUUAUUUUGAAAAAUAUUGUGUAUCAUUGCUAUAUUUGUGUAAGUAAAUAUCAAGUCUAUGAACUUCUGGGAUUCAUCAUGUUUUAAUUUGGUUUGAAAAAAUUACAAAGUGGUUCAAUAAAAUGCUUGUUAUUUAACAA